AUGAGAAACGAACGGGCCAAAGCGGAGGAGCCGAAGGCCUGCGAGGCGAAAGAAGCAGAGGAGCAAAGGAUGGCGUCUGAGAAGAAGGCCAAAGACGAGGAGGAGCAGAAAGUCUGCGAAGCGAAGGAAGCAGAGGAGAAAAGGAUGGCGUCUGAGAAGAAGGCCAAAGGUGAGGAGGAUAAGAAAGUCCGCGAGGAGAAGGAAGCAGACGACCAAAGAGGAGGAGGAGCACGCGAAGCGAAGGAAGCAGAGGAGAAAAGCAAGGCGUCUGAGAAGAAGGCCAAAGAGGAGGAGGAGCAGAAACUCCGCGAGGCGAAGAUGGCAGAGGAGAAAAGUAUGGCGUCUGAGAAGCAGGCCAAAGAGGCGCCGUGA